GAAAUCGGUAAACUCAACGGAGUUAAUUCAGAAAUUUACCAAAAAAAAUUGUUUGUAGGAUAUACAAUAGUUACUCUCUUUAUUUCUAAUCAUUCACUAUAUACUCCCGCACACACGUGUAUCUUAAGAGCCCCUCCUAAGAGGGGGGCUUAUCAAUAAAGUCAGCUGGGACGAGAUUAGCAGUUGGAAGGGUAUAAAUCGUGGAAGGAACGCACCCGAUUUCACGCGGUACUUGCACAGUGAUUCCACGGUUUAGUACUGUCGUAUUCCAAGGUUUAUCACUGGUUCCAAGGUUUCACUGAUUCCAAGCUUUAUCAACUACCGAACAGUUAUGAAUGAAAAAGAGCCACCAGAAGUUAUGAAUGAAAAAGAGCCACCAGAAGCUGUUAUGAAUGAAAAAGAGCCACCAGAAGCUGUUAUGAAUGAAAAAGAGCCACCAGAAGUUAUCAAUUUGCUAGUUAAGGCUGAGAGCUUCUUAAAAUCUGGGAAUACCGAAACCAGUGAUUUUGCAGAAACAACUGACAAUAUUGUUGAGUAUCUAAAAAGAGCAAGCCCAUUAUCUGGAGAUCCACAGCCAGAAUGGAUACAGCGAUCUGUCAAGUUUGGAAUUGACAUAAUGUUCGAUGAAGCUUGGCAGAGGUCGCUAAAACAAAAGGCAGAAAAGAUUUUACAAGAAUGCGAGAAGAUCUGCCUGAAGUGUGUGGCCUUUGAGGUGGACCAGAAAGUCCUCUCAGUGUUUGCAGCUGAUGAGUGGAAUCAGAGUAGUUUACUGAUAUGGUCUUCAGUGAUAGAGAAAAGUCCUACCAUAUCAAAAUAUUUGGGACAUGAUCAUCUCUUUCCGACAUUCCUUGAUAAAUUGUACAACACAUUGAAACAUAUUUCUGUUUCCAAGCUGCCGUCUUCAUUACAGCAACAACAGCUUCAUGCCACUGCCAGGUUGUGUCUCCAAGUCUUCCAGUUGCUACCAAAGACUAUAGGACAUUAUGUUUGGGAUGAAUUGGCGAGGGACAGGUGUACAGCAGACAUUGAAAGGAUAUUGCAGGCAUUUGUAUAUCUGCUUGUGAAUAAGGAUUCCCCACGCGAUCUAAAACUCCUAAUAGGAAUGAGCAUAUCAUUACUCAUAACAAUGUCGCCAAACGGUGGAGAAUCUGCUGAAGUAUUUUUCAAGAUCCUGAAAAAUAUUGGUGUGAAUGAGAAAGUAUCACUUGGGAAUCUGACAAUAGGCCUUCAAGCAUCUACUACUGUUGACGAAAAGAAUGCUGAUAUUGAUGUGGAGUUUGCAUCCAUUUCUCUUAUAAAUGGCUUACUUCUCUCUUCAAUGAACAAAGUUGUGUUGCUGCACCCGUUGCCAGGGUUACCAGGCGUGUCAUUCCUGUCUCAUGUCUUCCCGUCAGUGUGCCAGCUCGCAAGGUCAAGGUAUCUUUAUAAUGGGUUCCAGCUUCUUCUUCUUUGGUACCAAACAUUCAUCAAGUAUGGAUUUUGCUCUGAAGGUCAAGAUCAAGUUCAGUGUUCUUCAACUCAAAAUCCAGGUGAAGGUCAGGAUGGAAUAUCUCAUGGUCCGAGUGAGAACUGCUCAGGUCAAGGUCAGAGUAGAUCUAGUCUAGUAAUUGAUGAUCAGAAUGCUUGUUCUGAAAUCAGGAAGAGUACAAAGGAUAGUUUAUUUUCGGAACAUAGUGCCCUUACAACAGAAACAUUACAGCUUAUCUGGACAAACUGGGACAACCCUGUGAAGGGUGUACCAGAGUUUGUCGCUAAGAUAUUUGCCUGUCUUCUGAAGUGUAGCAAGAUAGAAUUGAAGAGGAGUGGAUGUAAAAGUGAUGGGCUGCUGGUGCUGGUGAAAGAAAAGAUCAUGAAGACACCUUGGAAUCUAAGAGGAAAACAUCGACUUCUGACUUCAUUAUUGGAAUGUGUUGAUUCUCAAAAGUUGUUGGCUGAGUACCCAGAGAUACCGUCAGAACUUUCCCGAUGUCUCUCAACCAGUUUUUUGGCUUCCAUAUCCUCGGACGUCUACAGAUCUUUCAUGGAACGCCUAAAGAAAGAGAUUGGUGGAAAAGAAGAGAAGAGGAUAAUUUGGUGUAGCACCUGGAUGCAGGAUAUGAUCACAGCCCUGACCAGUAACUGUCAGAUUCAAAGGUACAACGCCUCACAUUUCUGGGUGCCACAUACUCUGAAGGUCGUACCAGAGAUUCUGCCGUCCCUCCAAGCAUGUCUCCAUGAUCACCUCAAUGACCCCUUGAAGGCAAAGCAGAGGCCAAGCUACCUGUUUGCCUGGGUGGCAGUCAUGAAAACUGCUAGGAAUCAAAACCUUCUGCCCAGUCUUGAAGAGGAGCCGCUUCGGGAAGUUCUUUACCACUGUGAUGAUGAAUUGAGGUCUGAUGCCUUCAUGCUGCUAUGCUACUCGCCAAAGAAAUCAGAACCCCUGUCAUCAUUAGAGACUAGACUGCUGUAUGAAUGUCUUCCGCUGAACCUCAACAUCGACCAUGCUCCAUUCCGACAAAGACUCCUGUUUGGGGUAAAGUCUGUCCUAAUCAGAUUACGAGAGAGUUCGCUCGCAAUGCUCAGAGAUCUUGAUAAGAAGAAGAAGAGGAAUUUGAAAGAUGACUCUUUGCUUGAAAAUUUGAAUCAGAACAUUGAUUUCAUGGACUGGUUAUGGAAGCUGUCUAUCAAGUCAAUAUUUCCUGGUGCGUCAUAUCAGCGGCUGGUGACGGUUCUCGAUAUCAUAGAUGUCAUCUUCACCACUCUCACGUACAGCAAGCAGUCAGCUAGGAAGGCCUUUACGCCAGUUCCUGAAUCAGUGACAAAGCUUCUCAAGUUUGCAACAGAACAAGGAAAACUGGACUUUUGCUCUCCACCAAAUGUUAAAACUCUACUAUGCUGUACUAUGGAAGAAUCGACAAUGAUUCAAGAAAUCAGCUGCCACCUGCUCUUGACCUACUUUCCAUUGCCCCUCCACCUCGAUUGCUGCUCUGAUGAGGCAACAGCAUCCCAUGUCUUGUCGCAUGGUCUCAUGAUGUGCCGUAGACCCAAGGGGCCGCAGAGUGCCAGUGGCGCCAAUCUAUGUAGCUUCAUAUUCGGAAGCUAUGCAGUCAAUCUAAACUGGACAUUCACCCAUCUUAACCAGACCAUCAAGUCGGAAAGACCGUCGAAAGAGUCAACCGAUAGGACGUGUGGUGCUAUCAAGUUCAUUGAGCUGCUGAUGGAAAUGGUGCAGGAGUCAAUGAAACAAGCAGAGGCAGACGUUUUGAAGGCAUCUGUGUGUAAUCCAGGCCACGGGUAUGUGCAGGCCAUCAGACUGUGCAUUGCAUCACAUGCCAAGUCUGUCAUGGAGAAGUCUGCUGAGUGGAAGCCAUGCAUUGAGAAGGUGAUAUCCAUCGCAACAAGUAUUCUAAAUAACGUCCUAUUCCUGCUUGGUGGAAAAUCAGAACACGAAGGCAUGGCUCCGUCAUUUGCUCAGAUGGGAACUGCCAUAUUGUCAAUGAUACAGCAGACGGAGUCUGGAGAAGAGGAGGAAGGCGUGGUCUUGUCUGAUGAAUUUCAACACAUUCUCACCUGGUGCUGGAUAAGUAUCAAGGAAUGCAGUCUUCUUCUUGGUAACCUGCCUGGUUGCCUAGGAUCCUCUGGCUCCAAUGGCGUGCUUGACUUUCAACAAAUCGAGCACAUUGGAGACAUGCUGAUGAAGAUUCUUACUAAUUGUAGACAUAGGGGUGCUAUUGAGGGCUGCAAUCUUGGCUUCAUGAAGUUCAUGAGCAGUUUGCUGAUGUCAAGCGAUGUAGAAUGGAAUAGGCUACCUGGACAGUACUUGAAGAGGAUUCUAUCGGGCUUGACCAGUGGUGAGACUCUGUCCUCAGUUACAAGGAGAUCAGCUGGGUUGCCUCUUCUUAUUCAAAGUAUCACAACCAGUGAAACUAAGCUCAAGCUAACCAAGCUUUUCGAUGAGGCAAUGCAGACGCUGCUAAAUAUUGCCAACAAGCCAUACAAGGAGUCGGACCAGACCAUAGAGAUACCACAGGUUAACGCCAUGAACAUCAUGGAGACUCUGUUCAGGGAUGCCACGCUUUGCCACGCCUGUCUGCAGUACGUCAGUGACGCGGUCAUCCUGACAGUCUCAAGCUUCUCCUCUCCAUCUUGGGCAAUUAGGAGUGCUGCCCUUCUUCUCUUUGGCUCCCUUCUGAUGCGGAUGUUUGGCCACAAAAGGAUGGAGAAAUUCAGCUUCAGCAGCACAACAACUACAGAGGAGUUCUUCUCGCACUACCCCGAUCUGCAGCAUUUUCUCCUGUCUCAGUUGGAAGAAGUCAUCUCAUGUAUGCAAGAGCAAGGAAGACUCCUGCAUCCUUCUGUAUUCCCAUUGCUCGCCAUCCUAUCACGCCUUGCUCCAAGCUCACACCAAGGUCAUGACAUGGCAGAUAAGUUCAGGACGUCGGUCUUGACCCUACUUGGAAACCCGGUGCACCAGGUCCGAGAUCUUGCUGCCAUAACCACUGUUGUUUUCAUUCCUGAAGAUGAAAGGGAAGACUUCCUUCAAGACUUAGUGGCACGUUUGCCAGAGAAUUGGUUGGAGCAGACGGAAGGCGGUGGUACCAAUCUUUUCCAUGGGAAGCUAUUGCUGAUACAGAAACUCAUUCAUGUAAUCUUACAAAGAAACUCUCUUGCACCAGAUAUCAUUGAGUCGUUGCAUGGAAAAGCUUGGAUAGCUGGCCCUGAGAAUCCAUGCUUCUUGUUGCGGUCCUUGUUCAUGCAGAUCUUGGACCUCCUGCCUCCGGAUGGUAGAAAGAUGAUCGAACAUGAAACGGACAUACUUGAUGGGAUUACACAACCAACACACAUCUUGGUUGGCAAAGAACAAGUUCAACGUGGCCUCUCCAAGCAUCUGCUGAGAGCUGAAUCUGCAGUGACGAUCGGAACGUUCCUCAAGAGUGGCCAGCAUGAAGUGAAAGAGGAGUGCCUGCAUUGCCUGCACGAGAUGAGGAAUCAGCGUCAUGGAACAGAAGCUUUCUGGGCUGAAGUUUCAGAGAAUUUGUUUGAGAUGAUUGUUACCGAAACCAGAGACACACUUCUGAACUCCUGUAUGGAACUGAUUCUUAACAUCCACCGUGAUUGUAGUUCCAACUCAUCAACACGGUCCCAGCAAAUUGCAGAUCGAUUGAAAUCCGUCUACAGUAAAGAGGAAGUGACGGAUGUAUCUGGAUUGGCACUUGCAGUCUCUGCCAUUAUUUCAACUGGCGAAAACAUUGAAGCAACAUCCAGAAGAUGUGACCUAGAAGGCUGGUGUCAGUGUGCCCUGACCUACAGCCAACCUACCCAAACUGAGACCACGCGGUUGCAGGCUGCAAGGGCUAUUGUUCUUGGAGGAGUUGCUGUAUUUUGCGAUAUUCAAGUAGAAGGGAAUGUCAAGUGUGAAAUAAGUUUAUUUGAUGCUUGCACCUUACUGCUCCAAGACGAAUCAUCAGAUGUAAGGCAAGAAAUAACAAAACUUGUCUCUGGUUUGCCACAUGAUGGAAAAGUAACAAACUAUCAAAGCUAUCAAUUCAACAGUGCUAUGCAGAUUCUUCUUCGAUGUGUUGCGAACCACUUCUCACAAAGUCCAGCCUUCCUUCUACACUUAUUCGACAAACUAGCAAACCUACCUGCUGUGGAUGAACUUUUCCAAGACGAAGAUAGUCAAAGAAUCACAUCACUUUUUGAGCAAGAGGAUGUCAACAUAUUUGCGGAGAAAGCUCUGUUCUACGGUCUCUUGUGUGACACAGCAAAGGAUAUGUUUGAAAAGUGUGAUCACAUCCCUGAAGUGGUUGUGGAACAACUGAAGAAGCUUGCUAUGUCCUUGUCAGAGAACAUGAAAAAGGCUACUUUUUACCUGGAGCUAAACUUGAAAGGUCGUCCAAUUUUCAAUGCGCUGUUGAAUUGCAAAGUCUACCUGAUGUCUACCAGCUUCAUCAGCUUGUCGAAGCUCCUGUCCUCGACACUGACCCAGUCAUCAUGUGGUGAAGAGUGUCUGAGAGACUUGGAACAAGUGACUAACACCUUCCUCGCCCUUGUUGGAUCAGAUAUGUGUUGUUCAUGAUACCUUUCCAACAAAUUCUUAUCACAGUCGAUUUGUGUAUGUAACUAAACUGAUAAAGAAAUGGUUUUAUGAUUGAUAUGAUGGGUGUUAUUCAAGAUCAAAAAUAUAUUAUCUUUUUCGUAUCACCCAGUAGGAACAAUGAUAUCUUGCCAAUUAUCAGAAUAUGGCCAUCUACUGUGACCAUAAAGAUGCAUUUUUCAUUCAAAUGCUUAGAAUAAAAUGA